AGAAUCGAACCCAACCUAUAAGAAGUCCAGCUCGGCGGCAAUUUGCUAAUCUCCACCAUACGAAAAAGCGCAAAGCAGCAGCAGCAGCUAGGGUUUCUUCUCACUAUUCAAUUUCGUCUAAUUUCACAAGCUUUCUACGCCUCUGCUAAUUUAUCAAAGGUAGUUAGAGAAAGAAAUAAUAGGAACCAAAUGGAUUAUGAUGUAGCUGAACAAAACGUUGCCGUUUACGGCGAUAACACAGAAGAGAUGGAACGAAACGAUGAAUUAAAGCCGUCAAUUGAUGAUUCUUCUGCAGGAAAGCUUUUUGUUGGAGGCAUUGCUUGGGAGACCAGAGAAGAAUCUUUUAGGAAGUAUUUCAGCAGGUUCGGAGAGAUAACAGAUUGUGUAAUAAUGAUGGAUAAGAUCUCUGGUAGGCCACGGGGAUUUGGAUUUGUAACAUUUGCUGACCCAGAAGUUGCAAAUAAGGUUUUAGAGGAAGACCACGUGAUAGACGGUAGAACGGUGGAAGUGAAGAGGACAGUACCCAAGGAGGACAUGCAAGUCAAAGGAGCUCCAAAAACAAAGAAAAUUUUUGUCGGCGGCCUUCCAAUAUCUUUAACCGAAGAUGAGUUGAAGGAAUAUUUUUCUUCGUAUGGCUAUGUUCUGGAGCAACAAAUCAUGCUGGACCGCGAAACUGGUCGAUCCCGAGGCUUUGGCUUCGUGACUUUUGAUAGUGAAGAUGCCGUUGAGAAAGUUUUAAACAAUGGCCGUAUGCAUGAAAUCAGUGGCAAACAAGUUGAAAUUAAGAGGGCUGAGCCAAAAAGAGCUGGUGCUGAACAUGCAAAUGAGAGCAGGCAGCGUCGUGGUGGAAGUGGUUCUAGAUCAUACAAUGGGUUUGGUGGAUCUGAAGGAGGAGGGUUUGGUGGAUAUGGUGGAAGGAUGGGUAGAGGGUAUGGCGGCGGAUAUGGAGGCUAUAGUGGCGGCAGCGGCGGCGGAGGAUAUGGUGGUUAUGGAAACAUGGGAGCAAGUUAUGGCGGAGGUGGUGGCUAUGGUGGUUAUGGAAACAUGGGAGGAAGUUAUGGUGGAUAUGGUUAUGGAUUUGGGUUUAGUGGACCUAUGUAUGGAGCAGCUGGGUAUGGAGGCGCUAGCUAUGGUGCUGCUGGUAGCUAUGGUGGUCCCACUGGGUAUGCUGGCGGUAGAGGAUAUACAAGUGGUGAUGAUGGUAGCUGGUAUGGUGGGGCUAAAGGCUCUGUAUCUUUCAAUGCUAAAGGGUACGACACUGGUGGUAGCUCUGGAGGUGCUAAAGCAUAUGGGAAUGGUGGUGCUGCUGGCGGAAGGUUUCAUCCUUACCGGAAUUGAGACGAGUCUAAUGUUGCAAUUGUUUUGACUGGCUCAAGCUAGAUGUAAAAUCGUUGCUGCUGAGAUUUCUUUGUGGCUGAUGAUUCAGUUAGAUGUAAUCUGCUUAAUUUUUGAGUAAACCAUCUGUAGAUUGUAUUAGCAUACUGAUCUGAGUGAACUAUAACAGUCUCUUGGCUUAAGUUAUUUUACCCUUUCUGUUAAGGUAAGGGGAAGAAGUUGCAAACUUUGUAGUACCGAUCUCAAAUUUGGAUACUGUUGCUUCUACCGACCGGGCUAUUCGCUAGUUGGUAAAUUAGAGGUGUGCUGUACAUAUUAAAACAACUUUUCAUUUUUUCAGAGAAACUAUGCAGAAGGCUAGAAGCCAUUGUUUUGUGUU